CUAAACAGAUCAGCGACAGACUUACUAGGCAGUCGUAUCGAACGGUCAAUUUAGUGCUUAACUUGUACACCAUGAACAAAUGGUCAAUAUCCAUAAACUUUACACGCUCCACACUUCAAGGCUUUCCUCACUCAUUCUCUUCCUCCCUCUGUUUAACUCUCUUGUGAGUUACUCCCUCCUUACCACUUUUACCGCCCCAUUUUUCUCACAUUUACGCUUGUUUUAGACAGUUGGCCUUGGAUAGCCUUGAAAACGUAGACCUUUGGCAUGAAGUGGAGCUCAUAUCUCUCCCAAAACCGCUGCUGUAAACCCUACGACCACGUCAAAGCACUGGCUUUUCUUUAUUACUCUGCUGUCCAGAAGAAGACAAAUGUGCGUUAAUAAAUAAUAGACUGGAGUGUUCAUAAGAAAUUUGGAGCUUGUCGUCCUCUGAGAUGAUUUAUCGAGUGUUAAAGUCCGACAUUCACUCCCAAAAUAGACAUUAUUUGGCUUUUUUAGACACAAAUCCAGCUUUUACUCUUAUUUAGUUUCUUUCAGUGGUUAAAUGAUUGAAUGAGUUGUUAAAUGCUCUUAAAUGUGAUUUGUUUAUGUUUUAGAUGACUUGGCAGCAAAGGCCAACAUUAUUAUAGACCCAGCAGAGAUCCAGGCUGUUUCAAUGGAUGACUUGGAUGAAAAUGAGGAAACUGGAGCUGCACAGAGACCAUCUGGUGCUGUGGCCAUGGGCGGUGCUCUUGCGCGACCCAGUUGGCUGAGUUCUCCGACGCUGGGCAGAGCCAACCGGUUCCUGAGCACUGCCGCCGUCAGCCUGAUGACCCCACGGAGACCCCUUGCCCCGCCAGAGAAGGUCAAAGUGCGGACCCUCGCCGUAGAGCAACGAACAGAGGAGGACAUCGAGGGAAGCCAUGGAAACGAUGGGCUGUUGCUGGGGCGACCGUUCGAGGAGCCCGACCAGCCAAUCACAGAGAAGUCCCUGCUGGAGAUCCUGGACGGGGUGGUGAUGAUUUACAAUCUGAGCGUCCAUCAGCAGCUCGGCAAGAUGGUGGUGGUUUCUGAUGAUGUUCAUGAAUACGCCGUCGCCCUGAAAGACACGGAGGAGAAGAUCGCAAGAUGCCCGAGCAGAAGGCCGGAUAUUCUCGAAGAGCUGCAAAAGAGCCAAAAGGUGUUUGCAGAAAAGCUGAACCACCUGAGUCGUAGGUUGGCCUGGAUCAACGCCACCAUCUACUCCAAGGAGAAGAUGCUGGACGUGUACUGGCUCCUGCGAGUGUGUAUUCAGACCAUCGAGCAUUCAGACGGCACCGGCUCUCUGUUCGCCUUCAUGCCUGAGUUCUACCUCAACGUGGCCAUGAACAGCUACAGCGCCCUCAAGAACUACUUCAGCCCCUCUAACUGCAUGGAGGAACUGCCAGGUUAUGAGGACACACUCAUUCAGCUCGCAGCUAUUCUCGCCAAACACUUCGCUGAUCCUCGCAUCGUCGGCACUGAUAUCAAAGAUUCACUGAUGCAGGCUUUGGCCAGUUACGUGUGUUACCCACAGUCCCUGCGGGCCGUCGAGAGGAUCCCAGAAGAACAGCGGAUGGCUAUGAUGAAAAACUUACUGGCUCCAUAUGAGCAGAGACCCUGGGCUCAAACCAACUGGAUCCUGGUUCGUCUUUGGAGGGGUUGUGGCUUUGGCUACAGGUACACUCGUCUUCCUCAUCUGCUGAAGACCAAACCCGAGGACGCCAACCUGCCCAGCCUGCAAAGGGAUUUGUCAAUUGCUAGUUUUCAAAAGCCCUGUCCAUCCCUUCUGCUGCAGAGGCACAUGGCUGAACUCCUCAUUCAAGACAGAGACAUGGCUGCCAGUUUCCUCAAUAGCGUCUUAAACCAGCUCAACUGGGCCUUCUCUGAAUUCAUCGGCAUGAUACAGGAGAUCCAACAGGCAGCCGAGCGACCAGAGAGGAAUUUCGUGGACACCCGGCAGCUAAAGGUGUGCUCGACCUGUUUUGACCUCUCAGUCAGUCUGCUGCGGGUCCUGGAAAUGACCAUCACGUUAGUGCCAGAAAUUUUCCUGGACUGGACCCGCCCCUCUGCUGAGCUGCUGCUGCGGCGAUUGGCUCAGCUCCUGAACCAGGUGUUAAAUCGAGUUACGGCAGAAAGAAACCUCUUCGACAGGGUGGUCAACCUGCGCCUUCCAGGCCUGGAGAGUGUCGAUCAUUAUCCCAUCCUGGUGGCAGUUACAGGGAUAUUGGUGCGCAUUUUGGUCGACUCCAACAAACAAGGUGUCUCGAGGGCUGCGUCUGUGCUGCUGUCGGACCCCUGUUUCCAGCUGCGCUCCAUCCAGUACCUGCUGGGAGAAGGAGAAAGUGGAUCCUCCACCGCCACCGACCGUAAACACUUCUCUCUGCACACAUAUACAGACUACAUCAGCACGGAGGAGGAGCAGAAGGUUGAACAGAUGCUAACUUUCCUGACGGAGGAGUCCAAGCAGGCGGCAGCCAGUACAGCGCCGACCAGCGAGGAUGAUCUCUGCCCGAUCUGCUAUGCACACUCCAUAUCAGCCAUCUUCAAGCCCUGCUCCCACAAAUCCUGCAAGGCCUGCAUCAAUCAGCACUUGAUGAAUAACAAGGACUGCUUCUUCUGCAAGGCCACCAUAACUGGAGUGGAUGAUUACACCAAACCAUUCGCCUCUUAGUAUGCCCUACACACACUCAACAUCUAUAUCUACACUUUCCCCCGAAGACUUCACCUCAAAAACACACACACACAUAUAUAUCUGUAUAUAUAUAUUCAGGUCGGACUCAUGGUUUCCACUCAGACCUUUACGUCCAUGUUUGGUCACCCUGGUGUUGCUGUUGGUUCUGCCAGUGCUUCACCCAGUCUGUUCUGGCGAAUAAUCAAAAACAUUUUGUGGUCUGACGAAUGGAACGAGGCCUUGCAAGGCAAUAGUUCUUCCAGAUGUCUGAGUGAUGAAUGGAUGAGAUCCUGUUUAGAGCCUUCUGGAGGAGCGGCAGACGAUCUGAGGAAACUCUAAAUCUACACUAAGUUCAAUGAUUCAUUUAGUUGAUUAAUUUAAUUUAAGGUAAAUGGUUGCAAACAAUGUAAAUGGGAUGAAUUUAACCAAACAAAUUAAAUUUGAGUAAUGUUUAACUUCAUUUAUUUGUUUAAAUUCAGCCUGUAUACAUUGUUUCUCACUAGGUAACUUAAAAAAAUUGAGUAAAUCCAAUGAAUCAUUUGAUUCAGUGUAAUCUCUCCACUCGUGUUCUUGUGUUUUUGUUCAUUUAUCUCAUCUUCUCGACUUGUUUUUUGUGCUUUCCGUUCCACCCCAUCUACUUUAGUCUCCUCUUUUCUCAUUUUAUCUCAUGUUGUCUUGUUUUGUUUUUCUCAUCCUCAUGUCUCACUUCUGUCUCAUUUUGGUAAGUUGAUUUCUUCCCUCUUUUUUUUCCUCUCGUUCAGUGUCUUUCUCAUUUUGUUUCUCAUCUCAUCUUUUU